CAGCCCCGCCCAGCGCAGACAAGCCAGCAGCGGUGCUGCGAUGGACGGCCGAGUGCAGCUGAUUAAGGCCCUCCUGGCCCUGCCCAUCAGGCCCCAGACGCGUCGGUGGAGGAACCCGAUCCCCUUCCCUGAGACGUUUGACGGCGACACCGACCGGCUCCCGGAGUUUAUCGUGCAGACGGGCGCCUACAUGUUGGUGGACGACACCCUGUUCUCCAGCGAUGCCCUGAAGGUGACGUUCCUCAUCACCCGCCUCACGGGGCCUGCCCUGCAGUGGGUGAUCCCCUACAUCAGGAAGGAGAGCCCCCUGCUCAAUGAUUACCGGGGCUUCCUGGCCGAGAUGAAGCGGGUCUUUGGAUGGGUGGAGGACGAGGACUUCUAGGCCAGGAGACCCUCGGGCCUGGGGACAGGUGCUCUCGGGGGAGGGUCCCCGCGCCGGUGGCUGCCGCCCAGAUCGCCGCAGGCGUCCUCCCACCGCGCCUCCCCAUCCCUGUGUUCCAGUGGCGGUGAUCUCCCCCGCGCUCCUGUUCCCUCCCGCGUAGUGCUUGCCUUUGUUCCAGGAAUAGCGCCCCAGGUUCCUGCUGCAGCUGGGCCUGGCUCUGGAGCGCGCCGCCGCCCUCUCCCGCCAGCCCGGCCCCUCCCAUGCGGACUUGGACUCUGUCCUGGGCUCCAGCUGCGAGCUGGGCUCCCGUUACACACUGGACAGACCCCCGCGCAGACCAGCCGUUACCAACCUCUCCCUGCCAGGCUAGCAGGCCUGCAUAGAUGUGCCCAGAGACCAGCGCUGCGGCUGCCAUCACCAUCCACCACCUCCCACCGACAGACUGCAGCCUCCAGCGAUCUCGUCUCACCCAGGAGGUAUCUGAGCUGGCCACAGCCCCUGGACAAUGAUUCCAACAGCUCGCCAACCCCUUGGAGGGGCCGGCCAGCCUUUCACCUUCAGGGGGCCCAUUCCCUCCCUACUCCCA